AUGAUCGCGCCGCCAUGCUACGCGCGUCGCGAUCCGUGCGACGACGGCGCCCUCAAGAUAUGGUACUUCGCGUGCCGGUUCAUCGCGAAGUUAGUCAGCGCAUUGGCCAACUCCGUCGUCGUCGUCGGCCACUUUCCGUGCCGACCACCCCAUCCUCGUCGCACCGACGCGAAAAAGCUGAUGAACUCCAGCAUCGUCUCGUCUCCUCGUCGCGCAAUCAACCCCACGUCCACGACCCAUCCAGGGUACUGGGCCUUCAUGUGCUCCUUGAAGGCCGUGAACUCCAAUGGGUGCGCCCCCGCCACCCAAAGGCUGUGCCUUUCCAAGUCGUCAUGGCCGUCGCUCCGAAACAUCUCCAAGUACGCCCCCACGGGGCUGGCGUCAAACGGGGCGUAA